AUGACGGAAACUAGACCACCAAAUGAACACAAAUUAAUUGGUGUGUGUGGGUGUGUGUUGCAGGGCUCCAGGCUGACUCUGGUCUGCGAGGACUCGGGGUGUUGGCUGAACAGAGUGCCGGUCACUCCGGACGCCACCGCCGCCAACUGUACCAUCUCCAGCCAAGGUGAGCAGCUGUUCUGCACGCUGCGCAGAGCACUGGUCCAGGGGGACGGCCUGCUGGCCCACCUGUCCACGGGGGCUCCGCCCCCCCGCUCCUCCUCCUCCUCCUCCCCCACCACGUCUUCCCCCCCGCCGCCGCUCGACCGGCUAGCCCCGCCCGCGUUGGCCCCGGCGACCCAGAGCCCCCUGGCGGUGAAGGAGGAGCAGCCGUCGUACUUGGCCACGCAUCACUCUGACAUCCAGCUCCUCCCCCAGCAGGCCGGCAUGGCCGCCAUCCUGGCCACAGCCGUCAUCAACAAGGACAUCUUCCCCUGUAAGGACUGUGGCAUCUGGUACCGCAGCGAGAGGAACCUGCAGGCCCACCUCAUGUACUACUGCGCCAGCCGGCAGAAGCAGCAGCCGGCCGCCGCCGCCCCGGCGUCCCCACCGACGGCCCAGGACAAGCCCAAGGAGACCUACCCCAACGAGCGCAUCUGCCCCUUCCCCCAGUGCAACAAGAGCUGCCCCAGUGCCAGCUCCCUGGAGAUCCACAUGCGCACGCACAGUGGCGAGCGUCCGUUCGUCUGCCUGGUGUGUCUGUCGGCCUUCACCACCAAGGCCAACUGCGAGCGCCACCUCAAGGUGCACACGGACACGCUGAGCGGCGUGUGCCACGGCUGCGGCUUCGUCUCCACCACCAGGGACAUCCUGUACAGCCACCUGGUCACCAGCCACAUGGUGUGCCAGCCCGGGUCCCGCAGCGAGGUGUACUCGCCCGGGCCCGGCAUGCCCAACCUGCCCCUGGCCACAGGCCUCAGCCCGGGCGACUCCGGCGUGGUGCUCAAGUGCCAGCUGUGCGGCCACAACUGCGACAACCCGGCGCAGCUGCAGCAGCACGUGCGCACCCACCUGGAGGUGCGGGUGCAGGCGGAGCGCAGCCCCGCGCCGCGGCAGAGCCACCCGUCGGCCGCCGACCGCGCCCAGAUGCAGCCCUCGCCGCGGGGCGACCGGGAGCCCCCGGCCUGCGUCCCCCGCCCGGACUCCUCCAGCCCCGGGGCCAACGGCGGCUCGGCCACCCCGAGGGGCCCCAGCCCCCUCACGGCCUCCCCCGCCCCCCUGUGCAUCAAGGAGGAGCCCCGCUCGGAGGAGGAGGAGGAGGUGGAGGAGGAGGAGGAGGAGAGGAUGGACGUGGACCUGAAGGAGGAGAGAGGAGGGGAGGAGCUAGGAUCAGAAGGACAGGAGGAAGACGGAGGCGAUCGGGGCUCCAGGAAGAAGACGAGCCCCGGUCUGGGCGCCCCCUCCACCUCCCAGGCGUCCACCUCCCCCAAGAGUCCCUCGGUGGCCACCAUGAAGGCCGAGCCCGCCAGCCCCACCCCCGGGUCCAGCCCGGCCCCCGUGGGAGCCGGGGCCUCGGUCUUGCCCGGGGGGGCGGUGUUCCUCCCUCAGUACAUGUUCAACGCCGAGGCGGCCAUCUUGCCACAGGCCUCAGAGAUCCUGGCCAAGAUGUCGGAGAUGGUCCACAGCCGCCUGAAACAGGGCCAGGUCGUCCUCCAGGCCACCCCGGCCGCCUUCUACCCCGCGGGCGCCUUGCCGGCCGCCGCCCCCCCCGGCGCCGCCGCCGCCGCCGCCGCGGUGGCCACGCCCCCUCACAAGGGGGCCACCUGCUUCGAGUGCGACAUCACCUUCAACAACAUCAACAACUUCUACGUGCACAAGAGGCUGUACUGCUCCAGCCGGCACCAGGCCGACGCGCCGGGGGCGCCUCGCGAGGCCGCCGCCCCCCCCGGAGCCCCGCCCUCCGGCGGGGGUCCGGACCCUUCCAGCCCCCCUCAGGGACGGGGGAGCCGCGCGCCCUCGGCCUCCCCCACUCCCUCGGACCCUCCGGCGGGCAGCGGGGCGUCCGACGGCGGCAGGCUGGCGGACAUCAAGACGGAGGCGGUGGCCCCCAAAGAGGGGGUCUCCUCCUCCUCUGAGGGGGAGGGGGGAGGGGGCAGUGUGGGAGGAGGGGGAGGAGGAGGGGGAGGGGGAGGGAGGCACAGCGAGGACAGCCACAGCCCGGCCAGCGGCUCGGCCGACGACCGGGAGGACGACCCCACCAAGACCUUCUGCGAGGCCUGCAACAUCCGCUUCAGCCGCCACGACAACUACACGGUGCACAAGCGCUUCUACUGCGCCUCGCGCCACGACCCCUCCAACCUGCGCUCCAACCACCCGGCCCGGCUGGCCGCGGCGGGCUCCGCCCCCUUCGCGCCGCAGCCCAUCCGCACGCGCAAGAGGAAGAAGAUGUACGAGAUCCACAUGGCGCGGACGGAGGCCCUGGCCAAGGCGGCGGCGGCGGCCGCCGCGCUGGCCUCCGCCGCCGCCGCCGCCGCCCCGUCCCCCUCCGCCCUGGGCCUGGCCGUGAAGCGUGAGCUGUCCCCGGGCGCCGCCAGCGCCUCCAGCCCCGAGGGGGACCGCCCCAUCGACCUGAGCAAGAGGCCCCGGCUAAGAGAGGCCCCGAGGGCCGGCGGCGCCGUGGCCGGGGGGGCCGGCGCCGGCGUCCUCCCCGCCCUGCCCCUCACAGACUACCACAAGUGCACGGCGUGCAGCAUCAGCUUCAACAGCAUCGAGAACUACCUGGCCCACAAGACCUACUACUGCCCGGCCACCACGCUGCAGCCGCACACCCUGGAGCAGCUGAGCCGGCUCAAGCAGAGGCCCGCCUCCACCUCGCCCCGGAGCAGGCCUCUGCAGGAGCGCGGCGACUUCCUCCAAGGCGUGGAGGCGCAGACGGGGGGGGGGGGGACCACCUCCAGCCCCCAGCCCGCCCUCGCCCUCCCCGGCUCGGAGGCGGCCUCCUCGCAGCACGCCUCCACGCCGUCCUCCGGGGCCAAGGGCGUCGGGACGGCCUGCCCCUACUGCCCCAACAGGCCCAUCGCCGGCAACCUGGUGGAGCACUUCAGGUCCUUCCACGGCAUGCUCCUCAGCCUGCCGGCGGCCCACGACGCGCGCCCCAGCCCCAGCCCCAGCCCCAGCCUGAGCCCCCGGGAGGGGGGCCGCCCGGCCGCCGCGUCCGCCUCCACCAGCCCCGACAUCAAGCCCAGGCUGGCGUCCCGGCCGCGGCGGGACAGCAUCAACGGGCAGGCGAGGCAGGACAACUCCCGCUCCCCCACCUCCCCGCUGCUGAACGGGAGCCCGCGGGCCCCGGGCGGGACCCCUCCGCUGAGCUCCCCGGUGGCCGUGUCGCCCUCCAGGGCCCUCUCUCUGACGGCGUCGCCGGUGCCAGAGGCCCUCAGGGAGGCGGCCGGAGCCUCUCUCCUCUCGGACAAGGCGUCCCUGGCGUCCCACCCGCUCCCGUCUCCCGCUGCGCCUCUCACCGGGCUGCCCAAGAACUCUGGGGUGUCCCCCGUCCAGAACGGUAACUCUCGCUUCUGCCGGCUGUGCAACAUCAAGUUCAGCAGCCUCUCCACUUUCAUCGCUCAUAAAAAAUAUUACUGCUCAUCGCACAGCGCCGAGCACGUCAAGUGAGUGGAGGGCCUCUCCAUAGCCCUGCUUUGGUCCUGGGGCCAUCCUUCUAUGUGCACGUUCACGCGCACACAUUCACCCACAUUUGCACACACAGACACACACACAUACACAAAGACUCUGCGUCCCUCCCGUCUUCUGUGGUUCUCGUUUUUGAGCCCGAUUGGCACAGGGCUGAGUAUGUUGUGUCGGUCUCUUCUGUUACGCACCUGACGGGGCCUGAAGCCUAACCACUCUCUGAAGGUGGGGGCAGAAAUGUGCAACAGGUGGUGUUACGAACUUAAGGUAUCCAGCGUUCCUCCAUCUCCCCCCCCCCCUGCCUAUGGGUCAAAGAUGGUAUUACACUAAACGCUGAGAUGAAUGUGCUACCUAGCUCGCUAGCUAACCAGCUAGCCACUGACCUAGCUCCCUUGCUCUCCCACCUUCGACCCUCUGCCUGCACUAGCUGGUGUUUUGUCGUCCCCCAGAUAACUUCGGCCACAACCAAGAGACACAGAAAUAUUCAUACCUUGGGUGGUUGUAUCAGGGGAUGCUAAAAUGAAGAAGAAAAAAAGCAGAAUCCCCCUGGACCCUUCACUGUCGCUCUGUCUAACUGAAUUGUUGAUUGUGGCAGUGAUCUGCCUUCUGGUUGUUUGAGGCAGUCUUGUACGAUUAUGACAAAUGAGUACGCUGGUUCUGAAUAAUUUGUCGUUCCCCGAGCUCUCAAAGCUUUUAAAAAAUCAAUUUAUUUCUGUGUGGGGGAAGAAAAAGGACUUGAUCAUGGUUUUAAUGGUUUUUAUCAUAUGUGCAUAGUGUAAGAUGUCUCAGAAAGAAUUCUAUAAGGCUUUUGGUUUCAACACUGGCUCUUUUUUGCUUACUAGAGAAGCUUGCGUGUUUUCUUAGAUGAAAGCAAAUAUGUGGUAUUGCCAUGUUACCCAUUACAGAAGGAUAAUAUUUGAAGCUAAUGUGUUCCACAUUCAUUACCACUUUUUAUUUUCUUCGUACUUCUGUUAAAUUGAGAGACAAAAAAUGUGAACUAUUUAUCUUUUAGUCCUCACUGUUUUCACGUCAACGGAUACUACCUACUUAUUGUCCACCAGAGUAUUUGUACUUUUUAUUUGAUGUAUUUUUUUGAAUACUGUUCGAAGGAGACGUUUUUGGGAUCCAGGUGUAUUGAAGUGUGUUAUCGUAAAGUGUAGACGUGUGUGUGGUAUCACAGACGGUAAUCACCCCGGAUCACGGUGAACCUGACUUGCUACCACAUUGGCAUCUUAUCCUUUCCUCCACUGCACUCGAUUGUUUGAAAUUGACAGAGGGGUUUGAAAUAACAAUGCUCAUUCAUGUCACGUCGCGAUCACAUCGUAUUGGACACAGGACUUUCAAAGAUCAGGAUGGUUGAGUUUGCUGUUUCAAUUACAAUGAUGGUGUUUGGUCAAAUAAGAGCUGAAAUGAUGGUUGAGUAUGAUGUCAUUGUAAGGCAAAAAAAUGCAUUAUAAAUACAUAUAUUUAUAUAAAUAUAUAUAUACAUAUAUAAUGCUUUUUUUGAGCUGCAUCAAAAACAGGAUUUGAUUUUGUCUGUACUUCUCCCUUCGAGUGCCGUUCUGUAACGAAUUAUUUUAUUAUCACCUUUUGAGAAAAGCCACUUAUUGUAUUCUGGGAUCUGAUGUAAGUUUUCUUUGAGAUGCACCCAUCUUUUGAAGGGAUUUGUUCUGUCCGGUAAUGAAGGUGUGUUGGUCGUGUACUUGCGGGUGACUCAAUCGUAUUAUCUCUCUUUCUCUCUCUCUCUUACGCUCUCUCUAUUGCUCCCACACUCACACAGGCUGUAAGUGAAAACUGUUCAAUUCAAUUGUGUUUGUUUUUUCUCUUUGGUACGUCGGUGGGUAUGGUAUGGUCAGGUUACUGGCUUCUGUUAGUCGUAAUUAAUGGCGUUACAUUUUGUUUCAGAUGGGAGAUGACUUCACAUCUUUUGAGUCUCCUCAGGUUCGCAGGGCUAAGAAGAUGACCGUUACACUGCAGGCUGUUACACUAUACCAACCGCUAAAUAACGCCUUCAUUUGUUUUUCAUUUCCUUUAGGUUAUUUUUCUUCACGUCCUUGCAAAACUCUGUAUAACGUGCUUUAUAAUUGUCCCGAUUUACAAACCGCUGCUGAAAAUCACUGUUCUUGUGCUGUAUGAUUGGCUGACAAAUGUUGAGAUGUGAAAAUGAUUGCAUUAUUUUACCAGUACAAAAGGUUAACUACAAUGUCUCUGAUGAUGUCAAACUUUAAAAAGCCACCAAAGCGGAACACGCAUCAACACACAUGGUUUGGGAACCCAUCAAUUUAACCUUUGUCUCUGUUUUGAAAACCGGAAGCAUUUUUACUAGUUUUUUUUGGGCGCAGUGAAGUUGAAGUGCUGAUUUCUUUCAAGUUGUUUACAGUAUCAGUCUUUGUUUCUUUCUUGAUCCCUUCAAGAGAACAAAGACGGGAGAGAAAACAGCAAGAAACAAGAAAUUUCAAACCAUUCAUUUCAUUUUUCAUAUCUUGGUUAUUUUUUCUAAUGCGCUGCGUUGCAAUCGAAUUGUGCUGAAUAUUUUUCUUUUUUUGGAGGCUUGUCUUUUGUAAUAUAUUUAUGUUUGUACAGCACUUUUUUCUCACCUAAAACACAUUGUUUUACCUUGAAGGACUACCUUGAAAGAUCUGGACCCGCUCACGCAAAAUAAAAAAGUACACUUUUGUGAUUGGUUCUAAUUCACUUAAUCGACAAUGGAGGAUACCUAAUGAAUGUCAGGAUGAGCUUUUGUUUUUUCUCCUUUCAUUUUUUUAUCUUUUUUUCUUUGUUAGCCAUUAUACUUUAGUUCAUUUCAAUCUCAUGUUCCAUUACACUCUUGUCCAAACUAUGCAUGGGGAAAUAAAAAGCGUUCUGAGAGACACUGAAGAAGA